CGGAAGUGAUGUUUCUCGCGCAGAAGAUGGUGUCUCCGAGCGCCCAGAGCUAAACAAAUAUACGCGCAUAUAAAUGUGAGCUAUAUGCUUUAUUUCAGGGGAUAAACGAGACGAUGAAAUGAAAUACCUGGCAACUGAAUGUUCGGCUACUCUUUAUGAUAAAUAAACAGCCCAUGAAGGAGGACAACAUGGACAACAGCUGGGCUCCACUGGGGUCAUAUACGGACAAUCUCAUUGGGACUUUACUGGCCAUUUUUGGAAAUGUGCUGGUCAGCAUCUCAUUGUGCAUUCAGAAAUACAGUCACGUUACAUUGGCAGGACGAAAGGACCAACGCGCCUUCUACCGCACUAAAACCUGGUGGUCAGGUUUUGUAUUUACCUGUAUAGGGGAAGUAGCCAACUUUGUCUCGUACGCUUUCGCCCCCCUUGCUCUUGUGGCUCCUCUGAAUGCAGUGUCAGUCCUGACAAGCUCAAUUUUGGGCUUCCUAUUUCUGAGAGAGAAAUCUAAACCAAAGGACUUUGCGAAGCAGUAUGGGCUGACCUUCCUGGGCUACAUCCUCACUACGGGAGGAACAUACCUCUUCGUGGCAUUUGGACCCAACUCUCAUGAAAAACUCGAAGCAGAGAACAUCGUGAAGCACAUUGUGGGCUGGCCGGUUCUGUUGUAUCUGAUGCUGGAGAUCAUCACGUUCUGCCUGCUUUUAUACUUCUACAAGCAGCGCGGCACAAACUACCUCAUUGUUAUUCUGCUGCUGGUCGCAUUGCUGGGAUCUGUCACAGUCAUCACAGUGAAGGCCGUUUCAGGCAUGUUUAUUCUCACCAUUGAGGGCACCAUGCAGCUUGACAACGCCAUCUUCAGCGUCAUGCUCGUGUGCAUGGUGGCGUCGGCGAUCUUCCAGGCCAAAUUUCUCUCUCAAGCCUGUGAUCUGCAUGACUCCUCGCUGAUCGCCAGUGUGAACUACAUCCUUUCCACCUUUUUUGCAGUAGUAGCUGGAGCCGUGUUUUACAUGGAGUUUAGAAAUGAAGAUGUCCUCCACAUCUGCAUGUUUCUGUUGGGUACGGCGUUGUGCUUCCUUGGUGUCUUCCUCAUCACCAAAACCAGGAGAAAGACAAAGAUGUUUGAGCCAUACGUCACUAUGAACAUGGCUAAUGGUGUUCCAGCCAUCCACGACCUGAGCCAGGCGGUUCAGCCCGAAUACAGUGGAUCUUUCUCCUAUGGAGCUCUUGUCAACAACGAUGGAGUGGCUCCCGCUUCUCUACCAGUCAAUUUGGAGGCACCAGCAGUCACUGCCAAAGCCUCAGACGCAUUUCAUGACAAGCCUGGCCUAAAGACAGACUGAAGCCUGCCACCCACAAGUCAGGUCAACCUGAACCAAAGUUCAAGGACCUUAAAGUAUCAUGGUAGCUGUGCCUCAUUCCCUUUCUUCAAAAACACUAAUUGUUUUCUGUCCUCGCCUUACACUCCCACACCUAAUCACCGUUUUGGAAUUUCACAACUGAAACAGAUCUAGAAAAGACCAUUUGGACCAUAGUGAGAGGUGUAAGAUGAGAAGACCUUCUGGUGGAGCCCAGACGAAGGGACUGGGUAUAUCCUAUGCAGAAUUAGUUUUCUAUCUGGUUUCCUAUAAAUAUUGGGCCCCUGCCAUAUUGGACACGUUUGGCCUGACUCAUAAGAGUCGUCUUUCAUUAAAAAGCUCCGGCUCCUGCUGGUGCGAGUCUCUGCUAGCACCACUCCCUCACAUGUCCUGGGUGGAGUUCAGAUCGGAGCAAAACAAAUGGAGGUGACAUGGUAGUGAAAAGCAAAAGCACACCAGUCGCACCUUGAAGCUUCCUGCUGUAUCCUGUGUGCUCUCUUUGACCAGCCAGCGAACCUUGACUUCCCAGUAAGUCAUUAGUGAUAAUGCACUGUGCAUUGAUCUGUUCUUCCAUUGAAGAUUUGUGCUGAUAGCAAAUCUCGAGUCAGCAUUAUUGUAAUGUAGCAGCAGAGUUUUUGGAGGACGUGCCAACGAACAUUUUGCCUUUAAACGUCUGGCUCUACUUUUGUGCAUGAAGGAUUUCCACCUACUCUUCAGCCUAUUCGCUGGAUAUCUUUAAAUGAUUGUUUUCCCGAUUGGACCAAAGACUAUGUUCAACUGUUUUAAUUUAUUGGGUCUUGUUUAUUUAUUUAGCUUUUACUGUGCCUUAAAGUGUAGCUCCACACUGGUCAGAUAAAUGAAUCGGCAUAUAAGUUUGUUUGUUUUUUUUAGCAUUUUUCUUAUGAAAAAAGUGGUUUCGAUCUCCAAUCUAAGAAAAAUCAUAGAGGUGCAAAUGAUGGAAAACUUUUAACUGAAGCACGUAGGUAACAUAUCAUGUUUCUGGUAUAUUUAAUUUCCAUAACUUAAAAAAAAAAAAAAAAAACAUUUUUAAAAGGAAAUUGGCUCUUUUUUUCUCUUCAGUGUUAAACAACAGCGUUAUGGAAGGGCUAAAUGAGGUUUAUGUGGCCUGCUUGCUGAAAUAUGUUGUGGUGUAAAUUAACUGAAGUUGGGCAUGUUAUUUAUUCCAGCCCCUGCCAGGCUAGAAAAGGUUUCUGUUGUAAAUAAUAUGUACAUGAAUUCAUGUCAACCAGUUGUUGAGUCACUUUCAGUUGGACUUGCACAGUCUGAGCGUGCAAAGACAGAGAAGAGUAACUUCUAGUUCAUACUGGAUAAACAUUUCUCAUUUGUUUGAAUACAUUAAAACCUACAAGGUCACAUGUCUCUGUAAGCAUGCACCUUUGUGUAGCUUGAAAAACAUUGUGCAAAGAUUUUCUGUAAAACCUCAAGAAAUUAAACAUGAACUUAGCA